AGUGGGAGGUCUACCUGUGUGACCCAGCAGCAGCAGGCUGAUGAGCCCUCCUCCUCUCUGCCACCGUCACUGGUUUCCCUGGAAGCCGAGAGAAACCAGUCGCACGUUCCCUGCGCCUCCGGUUCACUCGCUGCAGGACUCAGACGCACACUGGAGGAAUGCGUGGCAAAACACGCCGUUUGUUUGGAUUUUCAGAGAGGAGAACUGCCUUUUAACAAGCGCAUUUUAAUUCCUAGCAUGAUAGCUCCCUUCUGGGGCCGAUAAAGGCGUUAGAAAUGUCUCACCAGCAGCGGGUUGUCCAGCUCUCAGCAGCUUCUCUCGCUGUAGUCCUCGGCCCGGACGAGGAGAGUUUGCGCGCCGGCGGAGGGAAACUCAACGCCAAUACUACGAGUGGCCAGGAGAUUUUUGCGGACUUUAAGGCGCAAAACUUGCGCAGUUUCUGGAAUAAGAGGCUCGUUAAGGCCAUAGCUGAGGUGUACUUUCAGGGAUGGAUGGAAAAUUUGGUGCUUUUCAUUCAAGGGAACGCAAACAACUUGGAGGUGCUGAGAGAAGCGUGGAUGCGCAGGGCUCUGAGGUCACCAAAGGGAUUUAUCAUUAAAGCUGUCGGUGACCUGUCCCCAGUGCAGAUGUCCCCUGUUCCCCAGUCCCAGUUCAUUCCCUUGGCAGAGGUGUUGUGCUCAGUCAUCUCAGAUAUGAACUCCUCUGAAGUCAUCGUCAACCAGGAGGCCCUUAUCAAUUACAUGAGCAAAGCCCACCCAGGGAUAACCAUCCCCACUCAGGACAUACUCUACAAUGCUCUAGGCACUCUGAUCAAGGAGCGCAAAAUUUACCAUACAGGCGAGGGCUACUUCAUUGUCACACCUCAAACCUAUUUCAUCACCAACAACAUGGUCCGAGAGAAGAACUGGUGGACUUCUGGUUCAGCAGACGACCCUCCCUCACCUCCUCCCAUUACUUACCUAUUGAGCAACGAUGCCUGUGUUGAGAGCACUCAAACGCUGCCAGUGGCGCACUGCAAGUCAUGCAGCUGCUUCAGCCCUCUCCAAACAUCGACUAAUAUCGCCUCCACUACUGUAACAGCCACCGUCCCUCCCUCCACUGUCCCAGACCAGCAUUCUGUCUCCGUUUCCAUAAGUGAAUGCACAGGCAAGAGCUUAAAGUGGCCCCGACCGUUAGAUCACAAACCCACUGUGCAGCAUCAGUCCACCUCCACAGCGGCGGAUUGUCAGGCAAGUGAGAUCAGCAAAACUACAGCCACUACUAACGCCACUGGCCGCAAAGAAAAAGACAACAAACCAGGGAGGAAGUUUGGUCUCAGUUUGUUCCGGAGGAAUGGAGGUAAAAAAGAGAAGCCAAAGAAGGAGUAUGCAUCAUUUUCAGGCCAGUUCCCUCCAGAGGAGUGGCCAGUAAGAGAUGAGGACGACCUGAACAACUUACCCCGUGACCUGGAGCAUGCCAUCAUCAAACGCAUCAACCCUGAACUGACUGUGGACAACUUAACACGCCACACUGUCUUAAUGAAGAAGCUGGAGGAGAGAAGGGACAGGGGGAUAGACAGAGUGUUGGACAGGGGUCUGGAUAAAGACGAUAAGGGAGUGGACAAGGGAAUGUCUACUGAGAUCCUAGCAUUCUCAAAACCCAGGCAUCACCACUCCUCUAAGGCAGGGCCAGGGAAAAGAUCUGCUCAGAAGGCCUCUCGCAGCAAGAGGAGGGCCCAUUCCUCCAGAGAGAAGCAGAGGGAAAGGGAGAAGGAGAGGGUUAAGAGUAAGGCUCCCAUAUGUGCGGAUGAUUAUCCGGAGGGGGAGGAUUUGAUCCCUGCUCAGCUCAGAGUGGAAAUCCCUGUUGAUGAACCAGAUCAAGUGGAAGAAGGUGGAGCUGUAGAGGGAAAAUCCCUUUAUAAGAAACGCAUUGAAAACCCUUUCCAGACUCAUCCAAUCAAAGAAGCUGUUAUUCCCACCACCAUCAACAGAGAGCAAAGAAGACGAGAGGUGAAAGAGGGCAAGGCUUCAGGGCCAGGGAGGAAGGAACGAACGAGUCACCGCUCCAAAUCGUGGGACCCGCAUCGGGCCAAAGUGAUCGCAGUAGAUGGAGAGCAUGCAGGGAAAUCCCCUACAUCUGAGGACAGGUACAACUGUGUCCAUGAGAGAGACCUUACUGCUGAUCAUCUGCUCCAAGCAGACAUAAAGCUCAACAGAGAGCUGCCACUGGACUACAGCUCAACCUACCCACAGAGCAGUACGCUCCGGAUAGACGACAAGGUCCGACAUCAGAGGGAGGGAAACGGCAAGGAGAGCUGGGAGAGAGAAGGCAAAGGUGUACCAGACCACAGCCAAAUUAUAGAUGAUGGCCUCUCUAACAUCCAACAGUACUUCAAUACUAAUGCCAUUCUCCCUACCCAUCCUUAUGAGCCUGUCAUAAUCCACUCAUAUGACCCAACUCUGCCCUGGCCCAAGCCCUCUUUACAGCGGAAACACUCCCUCAGACUCUCCAACCCACAAAGGGAUGAUAUUCAGAGGCCUGAUGAGCUCUCUUCACACCAGCAGGUCUGUGAAACUACAGACACCCAGGAACAAAGGGAGAGAAGGCCAGUCACUAUCAGUAAUAGAGACCAAAGGACCAUGAACCAGGGAGAAAGGCCAGAAGUGAUAGCUGUAAGCACUCCCUCAAUAACAGAAACUGAUGGCUUUAUAGAAGACGACUAUAGGCUCUAUCAGAAAGCAGACGAGCAGGAGGAUGAGGAUGCCUGCAGCUCCUUGUGUCUGAAUGACGAGGAGAUUAUUGAUGCUGCAAAUGUGUACCGAACAGGUGUAGCAGACUACCAUGGCCACCAGUUGGUUUAUCACAACCGUGAAUCUGAUCUGCAAUAUCAGGGACCCCACAGUCACUAUUAUAAUUCCAGCAUUCACCAACCACAAGUCGCCUCAAUACAAGAUUUAAGGGACAGCACUUUCAAAGAUCUAAUUCCCCCAGCAACCCAGAGGGAAGCUUCCCUCAGCCCCACCAGACCUGGAGAGACUAGCUGGAGACUCCAUCAUAAUCAUCAGAGGACUAGAUCACCAGGGGCCCAAAGUGGAUCCAGCCCCAGCCAAGGCACAUUGAUCCAGGGGGAAAGACGACACGAGGCCAACCUUGAUUUGAAUUGUCCCGAACCAUCUGAGGUUGCAGACAGCAGCAUUUUUGACUACUGCCAGACUAGUGAGAUAGAAUCAGACACAGAGACUGUCCGUAAGUCAGCUGACGAGGGCGACGGUGAAUCUGCUCACUGGCCAGCUGAGGUGGAGGAAGUGCAGGAGGAUAAGGUAGAUGAGACGGGUGUUCCUCGGACCCACAGGGCUAUUCUGAGCAUGCCUGGUGGAGCUAGAGGGGCAGAGAUUAGGGAAGCGGUGGAAAUGGGAGAGAACCAGAGCAUCACAGGAGACAGUGGUAUAGAUUCUCCUCGGACCCGUGUCAGUCUGGCCUCCAGUAACACUGUCAUUCUGGAGGGUCUCAAGAGAAGAGGCUUUUUACAAAACUUGGAGAAACUGCAUUCAAAGAGCAACGCCAUUCGACCACAGAGCUCACUGCUACAGCUAACUCCUGUCAUGAACGUAUAGCAGGCCUGAGUUCCCCGCCGAAGCUUUGUGUUGGAGCUGCUCUUUACACAGCUCGGUAUGAAAAAGCCAAAACCAUGUGCUUGACUCUUCAGUUAUAUGCAACUGCAAGGUCAGAAAUCCAAUGAGGGUUCGCACUUUGUUGCCUACCUCCACAUAUUGAUACCUAUUACAACAAAGGUCUGUGUACAGAUGUACAGUAUAUAUAUUUGUCUCUUUGUAAAUAAUUUUAAAGGUAAUAUGCUAUGAUAUAUUCAUUCACUACCUUGUGUAUGUGCUGUUAAAUGCAUGGUCUGUCGAGCAUUUCCUUGUGAUAUAAAUGUACAGUUUUCUUUCUCUACAUGCCUCAUUGGUUAAAAUGUUCAUAGCAGCAAUAACAUCUCCUAGCGUUUCCUUUUUUCUCGUCAUGUAGCAAUUACCACAAAUAAAAUUGUGCAUGUCA